AUGGGUGAAAUGCCGUCGUCGGACACAUCAUCCGGUAGCUGGUCGGAAAGCGACACGGAUGAUUCUAUGUCCUCAACUUCUAUGGCAAAUGAAUGCUCUUCUUCCUCGGAGGGUACGAGUGCGCCUACGGACGAAGAAGUUGGUAUAACGGCAGAAGUUGAGGAGGAAGAUCCAAGCCCUCGUGAAAGUUUGCGAAAGUGGGCUUUACGGUCGAAAAUUCCGCAUUCCCACUUGAACGAUCUGCUCAAGGCUCUGAAACCGUGGUUGCCUGACCUACCUGCCGCCGAUUACAACAGAGAGGAACAGGCUUAAUCUUUUAUUGUAUUAAAACACAGAUAUAUUAAUAACUAUUUUUUUAUAAUAAAAUUCUCUUAGACCAAACAUGUGUUCAUAUACUUACCAUACCGGGAAAAAAGGGCGGUUAUUAAUGGGAAUUGGGCAGCACAAGUGAGGGGGACUCCUGGUUGGGUAAGCGCUGGAGCUCGUUUUUUGGAGCUCGGGCCAAGCUCGGAACGACCUCGCUAGCCCGUUUUUCAGAGCUCACUAGUGAGACAACUCGAGUUGUCCGAAUUUAAGCAGCACAGCAAGCAGUGUAGAAACAUCGACUCAGCCUUUUCGUAGAUGUUGCUCCUAACUUCGGUGAGCAAUUGGAGACGGUGUAUUGGAUGGGUAGACCCUGUAGACAAGCCGAGAUUUCCGACAGAAAGACCGUUUUUGCUUAAGUUUGUUCUGAUCGAACGAUAAGAGUAUCGAUGGAGAUAGCUGGAGGAUCGUUGUCAGAAAGGCGUUUUAUAAUCCACUUUUUUGGUGAAGGACAGUCAUUUUCAGUGAAGAGACUCAAUUGGAAAACUUCCGUCUUGCAACGCAAAAUUCAAACCGCGCGGUUCGAUAGCUUAUGUCAGUGUUCGGUUUGGGGUUAACUUGGCUGCUGACGGUUAUGAUCAGCGACAACUUCCACAAUAAAUUUUUACUGUGUGGAGUUAGGCCUAUCUUCUGUGCUAGGCAUGAUGUUCGGUUUGUGGUUUACGAGGUUUCCAACUGAUCUUUUGCUCCAGUUUUUGGAAAGAUGGUUUACUGCCAAUGUUACACCCAUUUCACACGACUUCCGUCUGAUUGGUUACCUACUUGGGGGUUGAUUUUCGAUGACCUUGAUAGGCCAAUCGUAAGUACUCCUACUGGAAUUAAUUUUAUUGAUUACUUUUAUUGAUUGAAUUUUUGUAUUGUGCGCUGUUUACGCGGAAAUUUUAGUAUCCAUCAAAAGAAACUAACACAUUUACCCUUGAUACACCCGCUUUCCUCUUAGUUUUCGCAUAUCCUUCGGUGUUUUCCCGUAGCCCCACCCAUAAAACCCCUAUUACCACGGCUCCCGUACUGGAGGCAACCGGGGUUUAUUCAAUUCCAAGUGCGACCUCGUUCCCGAGUCUCGCCACAAACCUACACAGGGGCGCACUUCUUACCUCUCCCCAGGAAAGGGACUUAAAUAGGUGCGCCAAGGAGUGCUGGUUGAUACUGUUUUCUACACAACUAACGGUGAAAACCCGACAAACAGAAAAAAUCUCCGUCUACGCCACCUCGCUGUCCCUUUGGAGUGAAUUUACUCUCUUUUGUUGCCUGAUAUCUUUCAAUUCGGUUCAGUUUGUUUGAGGGAAAUGUAGGUCUGCACCUUCGAACUUCCUAUUUCUUUCCAUGCAACUUACACUUCCCAAAAAUUGAAAAAAGAUAUCUUAAAGGUAACAAAUGAUCGGGAAAGCGUCAGUUCUGUACAGAUAGACGAACUGUCUUGAGUGUUAGUUGUACGAGCAAUUGUACAGUGGUUGUUUGGAGUGCAGUGACGAAAAUUGCGUAGGUGAAUGCCAGUAAGCGUAGGCGAUGGAUUCGAGACAAUAAGAAAUUCAACUUAAUGCAAGUAGUAUUGUAACAAUAGGAUUUUGUGCACUUGUCAGGGUUAGAUGGAUCGGGUGGUAUUAUAAUCGACACCACCAUACGAAUCCCGCUUCCUCUUAAAGACCUCAACGGACGCGGACAUAACGACAUCCAGAGGCAGGGUAUUGCAAGCUUCGAGCAGUCUGUUGGAGAUGAAGAACUUUCGUGUGUCCAGUCUGGCCCCGGUCACACGUAGUUUGAAUGGAUGACCUCCCAGGUUAAUUCGAAGAAGUCCCUCGACACAAGGUUGCAGUCCUGACCGCGUAUGAUACGAAAUGUUUGUAUCAGGUCACCCCAUAACUGCCUGUAACUCAAGGGAAAGAGAUCAAGAUUAGCUAACCGUGUUUCAUACGGUAGUGAACCCUGUCCUGUCAUAAGUUUCGUUGCACGCCUUUGAACCUUUUAGAGGAUGCUGAGAUCCAUCACGGUCCAGGGUCUCCAAGAUUGGAUAGCAAAUUCCAAUUGUUGCCGCACUAAUGUUCGGAAGACGUUUGCCAAGCAUUCUUCAUCGAGGGCAGAGAAGGCCCGCCUGACAAGGCAGAGAACUGACAUCGCAGACUUGGCUACCUUUGCGCUGUGCAGCGAGGGCUUGAGCGAGGUCGUAAUCCAUAUUCCCAAGUCCUUCUGCGAGUCCACUUCUUACAGUGGUAUAUCAUUCAUGCAGUAAACCAUGCGGUUCGGAGAGCUGGUUCUGCCGACUCGUAGAAUAUGGUACUUGUUCUCAUUGAACGGCAAAAGCCAGUCCUUCGACCACUGUUGAAGUCGGUUUAGGUUCGCCUGUUAAUGCUCUUCGUCAUCUGUAGUUUGGAUGACGCUACAAAGCUCAAUAUCAUCCGCAAACACGGCGACAUCACAAUUCAGUUCAAUAACAAAAUCGUUGACAUAUAAAAUGAACGGAGUGGGACCCCGAACUGAGCCUUGGGGAACACCGCUUUCAACGGCAACCUCCGCCGACUGCUGGCCACCGACAUGGGAAUUUUGAGAAUGGUCAAAUAAGAAGCUUUGGAUCCAUUCUAAGAGAUUACCCCUAACGCCUGUUCGGCUGAGUUUGUACAGGAGUCGCUGAUGUGGGACACUAUCAAACGCCUUUUUAAAGUCGGUAUAAACUACAUGCAGCAUAUUGCCUUCAUCUGCUGUCCGAGUCCAACGUUCCAAACGGUAGAACACGUUCGUCACGCAAGACCUGCUGCUACGGAACCCAUGAUGCGCAUCGGGUAAUGGAGUAUGACGUUCUAAGAAGCGUGUUAGCUCUCUAUUAGUUAUUUUUUCCAUAAUUUUGCAGCAGAUGAAAGUGAGGCUAAUUGAUCUGUAAUUGUUUGCAGAGGCCUUGCAGCCACCUCUGUAUAGCGGUGCUAUCCGCACAGAUUUCCAAUCGGCGGCUAAACAGCCGGCUUCGAACGAGGCUUAGAGAAGCAUGGACAGGGGUUUGGAUAGUUCAGCAGCGAGCUCCUUCAGUAACUUAGGCAAUAUGUCGUCUAGAUCCGGUGAUUUCGACUCAUUUAGCGCCAUCAGCUCUUUACUAACAGUCGCUUCAUCAAAAGAUACAGCCUCAAUUUGUGGACCCUCAUCGAAGUCGUAGUCAGAAGGAGUAAAUGCGCUUUCACUCGUAAAGAUGAAUUUAAAAAAAUUUGAAAGAUGUUCAGCUUUUGCUCCAUCCUCACUAAUCUCUAGGUCUCCGCUCGUCCUCAGGAGUGGACAGGAUCUCUGUUUCGCGUGCUGCUUCUUAUGUAACUGUAAAAUACUUUUGGAUUUUGCACAGCACAAUUCAGUAGGUCUUUUUCAAAAUUUUGCCGUGUCCUGAUGGUAAGUCGUUUGAGUAGGUUCCUCUGUGCUUUGCGUGCGUCUAUGGAUACAGGAUUCCCGUCAGUGAGAGAUUUCUUUCACAAUCUCCGCUUUUACUUCCUUUUACUUACUUUUUUUACUUUCGUUUACGUUUUAUUUACUUCCUUUUUUAACGCCUGAGUCAGCCACCAGGGUUGAUUUUUUACCCUUUACCUUGAAAGCGGGCAGUGGUUUCUCAGGAAAACAUGCAAUGACUCACUGAAACAUUUCCAAUCCUCAGUUAUAUUGCCGGCGAAAGCUGAUUCCCAGUCUAUUUUGUUGAUUUCGGCCUUCAUUUGAUCAGAGUCACCAUGCCAAAUAUUUUUAAUUCUGGUGAACUGUUCAGGCACAGAAAAGAUUGUACAGUCCCAGUGAAGUACGACGUGGUCGCCUCGACCUAGCUGAGACAGACAUUGCAUUUUAUCAAUGCUGUCCAGCGAUUUCGAGAGCACCAGGUCCAAGCAGUUUGACUGCUGCCCCUCACGCAGCCUCGCGGAGAAUAAGACGUGCUGAGUGAGAAAUGACCUGUGUGUCAUGUCCAAUAAACGUCGGUCGAAAGUUAGUUCUGGACCGCGCGCGUAUAGUGAACUCCAGUCAAGGAGCGGUACAUAAAAGUCUCCCAUGAUCAGGACGUCAGGCCGGACAGCAAACUGUUCUAGUUCCUCUAACAGACGAGCAUCAGCCUCGGAGUCACUCCUCGGUGGUCGAUAGACGUUCAGAAAUUCAAGACUAUGUGAUCCCGUUAUCCUUAUAGUGAGUCAGAUAGUCUUGAUGCUGCACGAAAAAUGUCCUGUUUUUUUUUGACACAAGCAGUCCGUGUUUUACGUAUGUGACGACUCCUCCUUACUGACGCCAUCUCCUAUCUCUUCGAAACAACUGAAAUCCUGGUAGUACUGAUUCGCGGUCAUCACGUUUUCAGACAGCCAGGUCUCUGUCAAGGAGAUAACGUCGGGGAAAGGUCAGAGAUGUAGAUCUUCAGUUCAUCUAACUUGGACAGUAUACUCUGCACGUUGGUGUAAAAAGUGUUAAUUUCAGAGUUUUGUAGCGUUUUUUUUACGGUACCGCUUGAGUUCCUAUUUAAAGAAGCUGUUAUGCUCUCAUUUGAAUCGGUUCCGUCCAACGAAUUAGGGGAGGGCGCUGCAUUAUCUGGUCGUUGUCGACCACGAGAUUCGUCUCGCCAUUCUGCAAUCUUGUUCUCAGUUCCAGAACUAUUUGUCGACGCCUUAUUAUCUCGGGAGAUGUGUAGUUCGGCUGAAAAAAACGCCGCGGUUGGUGUCUUUGAUUCGGAAUCGUCGUGGAAGAAUAAGUCCUACUUGUCCUUGGUUAGCUACCACAACCUUGAGUGGUCGGGGAAGUGAAUGCUCUGAUUUGUCGAUUGAGCGCUUUCCGAGUAUAAAGGCCUUGAACACCGAAACUUCCUCAUUGGGCCGCAGAAGUUCGUUGGGGGGACAUUGGAAGAGUUGCGGGUCUGCCGACACCCGCUCGUUGAAGAUACUGGCUGCGGAUUCUGGAAGUCCCUGAAUGAUUAGGCAUUGCCCUCUGUCCGGCGACUCUCGCAAGAUCGCAGUGGUUUCGUGCCCCGAAAAAGGCAAUAUAUGGUUGCCAUGAUCUGACGAUGACAUAAGCCGCAGUCGAUUACGCCCCUCAUUCGUCUCUGUUUCGUUUGCAUUAUCAUCAAACUGGACAGUUUUUUUGCGAUAGAUUUAAGGCCUUAGGACCCAUGCCAUUCCCCGUGAUGGGCGACACGAUUGCUGAUGUCUGUGAUUCCGGUUCUUCGGAAGCAUUCCUCGGAAUCGGCUGUUCAUUCCUCUCGACAUUUUUACUGAAAGAUUUCUUUUUUCCUCUUGUUUUUUCGUCUCCUCGCUGGUUGUUGUCGUCUUGUAUUGUAACUGUUUGUGUCGGGGCUGCCGUGACAGCUACGGAUGGUGUUGUUGGUGUGCCUCUCGUGCGAGGUCCUUUGGCCCUACUACUUGCAGGUGAUUUCUUUUGUAGUGAUAACGGACUUUCGAUGCAUCUAACGCACGCUCCCCUUCUUCUUCUUCUUCUUCUUCUUCUUCUUCUUCUUCUUCUUCUUCUUCUUCUUCUCCCCCUCCUCCCCACCUGGACCCGGUGUCAAGACAGUCAAAAGGGUGAUAGUUCAGUGCCCUGUCGUCCUGCAACUCCAACUUCACAGUCGACCUCAAGGUAAGAAUAUACUAGGCAAGUUAAGUGCUGUAAUAUUGGGCAUGGUUGGGCGAAAACUGAAUUUCAGCAACAAAAUUCAGCAUUAGUCUAGAGCAAAUGCAAAUGCUAUGGAAAGAGGAUUUUGAGAUCGAAUGGGGAAAAACUACAGGGCAGAUCCGUGCCACUGCCGUGGAAUUCCUUAAGUAAAAACGCCAAUAACACCAAGACAGAAUUUGAGACAGGGACGGAGAAAUCCGUAAUCUUCCCAGCUAGAAAAACAGGCUGCACAGGACCUAGCUGAAAACGGGACCAACGCAAGCAAAACCAUACGUUUUUUUUGGUGUCGAUAGAGAGGCAACAAACUUCGGCGUCACGUUAAACGCAGUGAAAUGAAUAAUUUCCUCAUGGCUUUCAAGGCAGUUCAUGGGAAUUCGCCGUUGCCCAGCUCAGACGUCACAGGCCCAUCAUUCACAAAUUCUGAAACGCUGGGCUGAAAACUUCGGUGCGUCCCAAUUGCUACGUUAUAAUCUACAAAUAAACAAUCAAGAGAAGACAUCAACUGGCGACAACUGCUGCAUUUGAUCGCCGCCAUUUUUGAUGGAAACUACUAAAGUAGUGCCGCAGGCGCCCAGCAAAAAACUCCGAAUGUCGAUCAAACUCUGGCGAAGACUACAUACAGACAGGCUUCACUUUCUAAAUAGACUGGCCUCCCUGUUUUAAGACAGGUGGUGAGUACGACAACUACCCGAAAAUGUCGUUGGCCCCUAAAAAACGAAAAGGAGACUGCAAAAUGGGAUGAUGCCGAGCUGAAGCCUCCUCUCCGCGCUCUACAGCCUCAUAUUUUCCGCCAUGCGGCCGAACGCCUACUGAUAGGACUCGUCCAGCCCCCACAACAAUCACCGAACCGACGGUAAACAACUCGACAUCCGUAGUAUUCAGGCCGUCAAGAAGACCUCAAGGCCAGGGAACAUGGCCUUCUAUUUGCCUGAGAGUCGUAACUGCAGCGGAUAUGUAGUAGAGUGGUCAUGCAGAGACCAGCACCAGUCAAAGGCUACAAGCACGUAGCAAAUAGUCCCUCAGUUGCGCACAAAUUCCCGUACCCAGAAGGUACGGUUUUGCGAAACACCAAGAUGGACGACAAGGCUACCGAUCGACACUCCAAACCCCUCAGCAGGCUGCGACACUCAGUCCAAAAUUGAUGGCAUCUUCUUUGCAAAACGGAUCUGAAGAUGUGGAUUGCUGUUAUCCUGACAACGUUCCUCCAAGGGGCAGAGACGUAGGAAAUAUUCUGGUGUCAGGCGAGAAAAUGAACCACUUUCGCCUAGGUUUCUUCUGAGGGAUAUUAAAGCGAGAGGAAAGGCUAUCGAACCCUCCGGUUCUGGAGACAGCGGGCGUAUUCGGCACUUUUGAUAUGCUGGAGCAUAUUUAGAUGCGAUGAAACACCCGCGUUAUCAGACUGGAUGAUAAACAUCUGCCUGGGUGAAUAUUCAGCGAUGCCAUUGCUAUGGGUAGUCACAGGUAAACAGGAUAAAAGCGACGCAUGAGGACACCUUGAAGACCUCACUAAGUUUCCAAAACCAUUUGAGAGACCUGAGGAGCAAUUAUGCAGUAUCGAAAGGCUUGACGUGUUGGUGGGAAAAUGGAGCAGCAGUUUUUGAGGACAACAGACUGCCGGAGGUCAGGACGAAACGUCCACCAUGCAGGACGGCAGUAUCGCAAACCAACGAACAAAGACCAUCGUCGUGUCAGCAUAAUCGAGUAACGUUACGUUUCCAGAAUAAUGUACUGCAGUUUUGACACGAUCGACCUAUCUCCUACACAUCAUCAUGUCACCACUGAUGAAUAAACCUCUGUCGUUUGUCCUCAGUGUACUAUCAUGUUUGUUCCUGGUGAGAUCUUCAAACCAGCUGAACAAAGAUGCCACUAGGACACAGAGGGCAGUGUUCAUAAUGAAGACCCAGUACUGACAUGUACAUUCCAAAAUAUCCCCUCGCAGUCACGCAACGGCUUAGCCGGCUACCUGCGGGUCCGGCUCAGGACGACAGAGGGGCCGGUGUCAGGAGCCCCGGCAAACACCUGGCACGUCCAUCUUCCAGGUUCACACUGUAUCCAUACUAUCUGCCACUGCAUGAACUUAUUCGUCAACAACUAACAGGACAUCCCAAAUUAUCCAUAUAAUAAUCGUCCGAUGCAAUUUACUGGUGUCGUCAUUCAGGCCAAAGAAAUCGUAUGUGGGUGGGUGCAUCUACCACUUACUCGGGAUCUGUGGUUUGCUGAUGUCCAGAGAGGGAAGUCACCUUCCAUUCGAUUUUCCCAGUGUUGGCUAGCGCUGGGGGAAUUUGAUUAAAUUUAUCCGGAAAGUUGUCCACAUGUGCCUCCCUUUCACUCAUGCAAAUGAUCGCUUCUUAUGUUCUUUUCCUUUUUUCUCUACCUCAUCGCAAUGUACAGGCCUGGCGAUUUUUAAUUCAGGACUUUUGCUUGCCCGCCUCGUUGUGGAAUCUUUCUUAACUCAAUCCUCAGUUAUAGGUUUCACAGACUUCGUCACCUGGGACCAGACAGUCUUUUGUCACAUUGUCGAAACUGCAACAACUAUGAGCCUUUCCUAGUUAAUGCCCACCGGUAAUAACGUCUUUCGUAUUACCGUCCGCACAAGUGCCACAUGGACGCAGCCACGGUUGCGCAACCGACAAACGUUAGACUACAUCUUCAUUGGAGCAUCAGUUCGUCGAGAAGUGCUAGAGGUAUGUGCCAUGUAUCGGAACGGAUGCCUACGUCCAUUGAGGCUGAAAUCGAUGGAGUGGUCUUCCGAAAAGAAAGUGCCCAACGGACUGAACAUAGCUGCAUUGAUCAAGACCUGAACCAGGCACUAGUUGACCAGAGGAUGAACAAACCUCUGGGAGAAUUUAAACUCGGAGAAGAAUGUGGAAGCCACCGAUAGGAUGGCUAUAAUCUGCCGUAAGGUAAGUCCAAGAACUCUAACACUGACGAUAACAGAGAUUGUUCGUGGUAACGAUAAAAAAAUACAAAGCCUGUCCUUCGAGAAAAAAAACACUGUCGCAAAUCUAGCUUUUCUCAUAUGCUAACGUCAAAUGUGACAGAAGCCACGUUAAGUGCAAAACACCUGGCUGGCUCACAACAUGCGUUCACUUCGAGGAUAAGGUGGCUGGAGUAAUAAUAAACUUAUUCAGCUCAUAACGCCCAGAAAUAUCGUCGCUGAACGAAUAAGACUAGACGGCGACGAACAGGCAAGCUCUAUAUUUUAUUCCUAUACAUGCCUACUUAUUUGAUUUGGGUAGACGUGUUAUAUUGGCAUUACCUAUCCCGCCAGGCUUAAGAGAAUAAUUGAAUUAAUGGCUAAGGCUGGAUUAAAGAUUAGGGUUGGAGCAAGAUCUAAUUUUGCCUGCUGCCCCGUUUAAUCAAUAUUACAUUUCCUUCCCAUUACACUUCACUACUUCACAUAUUUCGAAGUGGGCAGUCUGUUUUGGUAGCCAUUGGAGUAGUAAAAGAAACACAUGGUAUAAGUGCGAGCUUUCUUCAUUCCUUCAGCAGAUUCCAUUAAUUUCCGUGUCCAUUCGCCCUACUGAUGAAAUUAAUAUUGACUUUGCUCCCGUAUUACAGGAGUCCCUGGGCUUACAUAUACAAUCCUCGUCGAGCAAACAAAGCCCAGUAAACUCGAAAAAGGCCGUCAAGACAGUGAUCAGGAAUGAAUUCCGGAGAACCACUAAGAAGUUCGAAUGCCCGAAAAUUAUCAUACAUAAGUUGGAGCAAUACCGUGGCGUCGUAGAGUCGGGCACGCUAACCCAUGAACUAAAUUCAGACGGCCUUUCCUUGACGAACAGGGGGCAGAAAAAUCACAUACAUUCGCUAAUUCGUCUCACACAUUUUUUGAACAGCCAUCGGGGUUAAGUGUCUGAUCGAUGGGGGACUCCUUAGUCUUCGGCGAAUAUGGUCAUGGUCCAAGUGCACGUACCAAACCUUCGUGCGUGUUUGUUAGUUCUCCCGGCAGGCAUCUGUCCAUUAACCAGACCAUUGGCCCUAGUCAAACAGACGACCGCACCGUUUCCACAUGCAUCGAUAAGGGGGCAGCUUUUGUCAUCCCAAGCCCAGGCCUUUAUCCAGCUUUCGUUAUACUAUGAUUGAACUAAGAUGCAAUGAACUUUUAUUCAUAGAUAGGACUAUUAUCUAGGCUUGAUCGACAGCAGGUGAAGGUCUGCCAGUUGAUCGCCCGAACAUUGUUGGCGAAAGCGUAAGGAGACGAUGGGCAACAGGAUUGAGAUCCCACCAAUUUUAGUAAAAAUCAUGAAUAUUAUUGAGUCGUGAGGCACAGAGUACAGCGAAUAACACGUCUGUCUUUGCGUGUGCUGAUCUGUGGCUCGAGCAUCAAUGCAGCAUCUACGUGCUCAACCGUGAUUUGGCUAGAGUACAUUUCUAACCUGCAGAUUCUAGAAAAGUCAGAACACAAAUUGUUGUAGUCUUACUGGCAACGUCGCAAUAAUCGCACAGCGAACCUCUCCAAGCAAUAAAAUAUGAAAUCGACACUACAAAGUACUUCUAAAAAGGUUAUUUCGAUAGAUAUUCAGACUAAUGCCCAGGACUUUUUUCAUAGAGCAUCCUCGGCCAGUUUAACCCCCAGAAUUAAUUGGUACAAUGAGGGGAGAUUUUGUUGGAGUCGCGACCGCAUGGAUGAAUUCGCCUAAAAUGGCCAGAAUAUAACACCGGGAGUUAACUUUAGUGGAAAUCGUGUGCGAGCACAUAGUUCCCAUGUUGAGACUCUACCCUAACCCCUAACCACUCGACUUUCUUGCCUAUUCUGGUCCUUGUCCGACUGUCCUGAAAUCAGCAGGUAAACACCUUUGUUUUGUAGCGCGAGCAACUCUAGGUCGUGCGGACAAUGGUGGAAUUUUGUACCUCAGCCUAGCCUUCCUGUUCUAUUCUCUUGACCACUAGACCGACAGAUAAAAAGGGCAAGGAGACAAACCUGAAGGACAGUGAUGAUGGGGAUGAACCACAACCCCAGCAAGCUGAUAUGGCCUGUACGACUCGAACCUAUGAGAACCUCGAACUGGCCUCGCACGCAGAGGGUGGCUGUCAUUGGCUGUAA